CACGGAAAGGCGCGCUCGUAAAGUUCGUCUGCUACGACACGCCCCCUCGCAUGUUUUGGUGUUUCGCUCCCGCAUGCGUUCUGUGAAUUAUUGUGGCACGAAUUUACUUUUUGCUGAGCGUGGUGUUGUGAGGUCUAUUUAUCGUGGGUGAAAGUGUUGACUAUUGUGUCCGACGGGCACGGCGUCCUACGGGACGAUGCGACCAACAGAGGACACCGAAUGCUUUCCUCGGUACCCGCGGAAACGAUGUGCUGUGCAAGGGUGCAAUACCAACACCCGUACGGCUGGCGUUACACUGCGCCGGUUUCCACUCUUUUCUCCAAGGCGACGCAUCUAACACCCAUGACGACAGCUGUAGUAACGUUGGCCUGAACCAUGUACAGCCUUUCAAGACUGAAGAGUCGAGUUUGUCAGGCCACGUGAGCUCGUCCAUCUAGGAUGGUGUCUCGCCAAGGAGCGGCCAAUUGUUUGAUAGCACUGCCAUGAAGAAAUUAUGCAGUGUAUAAGGGUGGAGCGCGCUAAUGGACCACGGCGAUCACACGUACUCCUGCCUUUCACUUGCAUCUGUAGUGACCCCGCAGGAAGACCCAGAAUACCGUCACAACAUGCAGCUGGAGGACACUCCUCCUGCAAGACAGCCCAGCAGUAACGCGCCUCCCCAGGUUCCGACAGUUUACCCGCUUGCCGAAGUAAGUCCCUCGGAGAUGGAAUUGCAUGGUGUAGAAGGGUGGAGCGCGCUAAUGGACCAUGGCGAUCACACGUACUCCUGCCUUUCACUUGCAUCUGUAGUGCCCCCGCAGGAAGUCCCAGAACACCGUAACAUGCAGCUGGAGGACACUCCUCCUGCAAGAGAGCCCAGGAGUAACGCGCCUCCCCAGGUUCCGACAGUUCUUGAGCCGACAGUUCACCCGCUUGCCGAAGGAAGCGACUCGGAGAGGGAAUUGCCUGGUAUAGAAGUUGCAGGGUGGAGUGCACUAAGGGACCACUGUGAUCACACCUACGCCAGUCCUUCACUUCGAUGCGCAGCAGCACCGCGGGAAGUCGCUGAACACCCCAUUAAAAUCCAGCUGAAGGACUCCGUUCCUGCACAAGGAGCCAGCCGUGACGUGGCUCCCCUGGUUCCGUCGUUUGGACAGACAUCUAGGAAAAGCUCUGUCCCGGGCACAGCUGCUGAGACUGUUCGCAACUCGCCCUGUACAAGUAACCAGUGCAGUCAUCCCGACGCUUGGAGGAAAACCAAGAAGCUCAAGGCAAAACUGCGAAAACAGCAGGAUUUGAACCGGAGGCUACAAAGAAGACUGCAGAGGCAGCGUCAAGCCCUAACGAUUGAGGAAGUCAUCCGGAGCGUCCGCUCACAGGUGUCUCCAGCCGUUGCUGCACUUGUGGAGGCUCAGCUGAGGAUGAACAAUGUGAGCCGGUUUGGUCGCCGAUGGUCAAGCCAAAACAAAUCCUUUGCUUUAGGGCUCUACUUCCAUAGUCCGAAGGGUUAUAGGUACUGCAGGCGACUUCUUAGGCUGCCAUCAGUGCGAUCCUUGCAGUUAUGGCUUCAGCGUGUGCCACUAAGGGCUGGGUUUUUCCCGGAAAUCUUUGAGCUUAUAAAAAGAUGA